AUGAAUGAGCCCACUGGUCCAAAGUCACCAAUACCCUGCGACAAUGGAAAGCGGCCCUUGGCAUUGGACAACUUGCCAACCUUCAACAACUCUGACAUACACAAAUUCGAAAUCAAGAGGUUCAAAUGGUCAUACUGUCAGACGGUAAAUGAGCACAAGCAUCAUGCGCAUGCUGAAGCUUCAAUUCAACGGUGCAACCCUACAAUACACAAGCUCGUCAUGACUUACAACAGCCUCUGUGGUAAACUCGUUGACUUAAUUCGACAAGGCAAAGCUCCUGCCGGCACUAUACCACCUCAUUCCAUCUCUCCAACUGGUAUCUUGCAGCUCAAUGUAGAUGAUGAUAUCUGGCAAGAUGCUGGACUUGAUGACUAUACUUUGGCUCCACCUGGCUGGCUAGCAGAUGAAAACACACAUGCAGCCAUUAAGUUUCAACUUGAGGUGGACCAGUGCAAUGAGGAGGGGGCUCAUAUCAUCUGUCUUGAUGGCACAGCUAUUAUGGAUGAUUCUGAGAAUGACUGGGAGUCUGAUGAUGAGAGGGAGAAUGAUGAAUUGAUAGAUCAAUUGGAGGAAGCUGCAUUGGCUGAGACAUAG